AUGUCACCUCAAACCCGAGCAAUCCAACAUACCGAAAGUGUGGGGGAGAAAAAACGAAAACCUGUGCGCCGUGACCCUGAGAAAAGGCGGCAACAGAACAUUCAAGCCCAACGCAGAUACCGAGAAAAGCUCCGUGAGCGCUUAGGUCGUCUCGAAGCGCUGGCAGAGUCUGCGGGACAGACCUCGGCCAUUGAAAGCACCCCGGCUUCGGGCAUACAACCAAGUGGGGCGAUCACAGCGCCUGGCCUACCCAUCGCUUCAAGUACUAUCGUUCCAAAAACCCUUCCACUCUAUGAUGCUUUGGAUGUAUCGGUUCCGUGUACAUCUGGGGCGACCCUUAGUAAUUGCCAGGAACUUAUCCCAAUCUCAGAUGGGAGUCCGCCGACAUUAUACACAUCAGACUCCACUACAACACCCUAUCUGUAUUCUGAUGAAUCUCCCUCAACACUAAGUGUAUGGGAUCCUCCAUCAUGUGUGAAUCCUUCUCUUCUCGUUCGCGAUAAGCCCAGUGAUAGCCUGGAGCUGUACUGGACAACCACCAUUGACUGCGGCUGUACCAGUCCGCAUUUCCGAAUACAGACAGACGGUCCAGACCUUCUCGGCCGUAAUGAAGUCAGGGUAUUCAGGUUCAGCGCCAAUACAAAUACAGCCGAUCCAUAUACCAAUAGUCUCCGAAUCGAUAGAGUUUGUACCAUCGCCGCAAUUCUGGAUCUUGUUAGGCAUUUAGGCAUUACGGAGGAAGGGUUAUGUGCUGAUCAAUCUCCCUCGCCAUUCUUCCGGCCCAGCGCAGUGAUGGCAGACGAUACAGCCAGGAGCAAUUUGAUUCGCACUGUACAAGAAACAUUCAAGACUCUAAAGCCAGAUCUGAGGCCAUCUCAAGAACAAAUCACUAUCGAGCACCAUCCGAUCAUAGACAUUCUACCUUUCCGAACGCUACGGAGAAACCUCAUCACUGGCCAGCACGAUAUAGAUGAGGAUGAGUUCUUCGAAGAUAUGCUUUCUGGCUUAGUAUGCUGGGGAGGUGCUGGCAUUGGGAAGAGGGAUCGGCAAGUCUCCACUGGGUAUGCAUCGACAGGUACGCCGUGGGAUGUCCGUAGUUGGGAGGGAAAGAUGUGGUUUUUGAAGAAGUAUUGGGCGCUUUUGGGUGGUGAAGAUGGUGAACUCGUACGACAAAGUGAAUGGUGGCGCAGUAUCAGGGGAGACGAAAGUGAGCAGGAGAAUAUGUGGUUAGCAUAG